UUCGACGGCGGGGCCAUGGCUGCCCUCAACGGCGCUGUAGAGAACGGGCAGCCCGACAAGAAGGUGCCCCAGCUGCCGCGGCCCCUGCGCAGCCUGGAGGUGAAGUACACCAAGAUAUUUAUUAACAAUGAGUGGCACGAGUCUACAAGUGGAAAGAAGUUCCCCACCUACAACCCUUCAACGCUGGAGAAAAUUUGUGACAUUGAGGAAGGAGAUAAGCCUGAUGUGGAUAAUGCAGUGGAGGCAGCAAAGGCAGCGUUCCAGAGGGGCUCUCCAUGGAGACAGAUGGAUGCCCCCAGCAGAGGAAGGCUCCUGCACAAGCUGGCAGAUCUCCUGGAGCGGGACAGAGUCACCCUGGCAACUCUGGAAACAAUGGACACAGGAAAACCUUUUCUGCAGGCUUAUUUCAUUGACCUGGAAGGCUGUAUAAAAACACUCCGCUAUUACGCUGGAUGGGCUGACAAAAUUCAGGGCAGGACUAUUCCCGUGGAUGAGAACUUUGUCUGCUUCACCCGGCACGAGCCCAUGGGUGUGUGUGGAGCCAUAACCCCAUGGAACUUCCCCCUGCUGAUGCUGGUUUGGAAGAUGGCACCAGCUCUGUGCUGUGGAAACACUCUGGUCAUUAAGCCAGCUGAACAAACUCCGCUCACGUCGCUCUACAUUGGCUCUCUGAUCAAAGAGGUGGGUUUCCCUCCAGGUGUGGUGAACAUUGUGCCAGGCUACGGCCCCACAGCUGGAGCUGCAAUUUCUACCCAUGACAACAUUGAUAAAAUUGCUUUUACUGGAUCCACCAAGGUUGGAAAACUGAUCAAAGAAGCUGCUUCUAAAAGCAACCUCAAAAGGGUGACAUUGGAGCUGGGAGGGAAGAACCCCUGCAUUGUGUGUGCAGAUGCAGACUUGGACUUGGCAGUGGAAUGUGCCCACCAAGGCGUGUUCUUCAACCAGGGGCAGUGCUGCACUGCUGCCUCCCGGGUCUUUGUGGAGGAGCAGAUCUACCCCGAGUUCGUCAAGCGCAGCGUGGAGUUUGCCAAGAAGAGACUGGUUGGAGACCCCUUUGAUGCCAGAACUGAGCAAGGGCCCCAGAUUGACCAAGAGCAGUUUGAUAAAAUCCUGGAGCUGAUAGAAAGUGGGAAGAAAGAAGGGGCUAAGCUGGAGUGUGGAGGUCUUGCCAUUGAAGACAGAGGCCUGUUUAUAAAACCCACGGUGUUUUCAGAGGUCACUGACAACAUGAGAAUUGCCAAAGAAGAGAUUUUUGGGCCAGUUCAGCCAAUUAUGAAGUUCAAGAGUAUAGAAGAGGUUAUAAGAAGAGCCAACAGCACCGAGUACGGACUCACAGCUGCGGUGUUCACCAAGAACCUGGACAGAGCCUUGACCCUGGCUUCAGCUCUGCAGUCAGGAACAGUCUGGAUCAACUGUUACAAUGCGCUCUAUGCUCAGGCUCCUUUUGGUGGCUUUAAAAUGUCAGGCAAUGGCAGAGAACUUGGGGAAUAUGCUUUGGCAGAAUACACCGAAGUGAAAACAGUCACCAUCAAACUCUCCCAGAAGAGUCCAUGAAAACAGGGGGCCUAAAAUGCUGACACUCUGAAUGUGACACAUGGGGGACGUGUUCAGAGCAAGGGGGAGGGGAGGGAAGGAAAAUGGAAACACCUGUCUUUAUUCCUCUAGAAACACUGAAUCUACUGGACUCCAUUUUACCAACUGGCUCUUCAAAAACUGAUUCACUGCCCCAACUGGCAGUACACACUUGUACUCUACAAGUCCCUGGCUGUACAUCUGCCUGCUCCCUGUGGCUCAAACACUGGUCAGUCACAGUGCUGGCAGGACAUCUGCUUCCAAACUGUACCCCUGAAGGAUGUGGACAUCACUGGCAUGUUAGAGAGACUGCUGGUACCAUCAGAGGUACUGGCAAAUCCUUCAGAGGCACUUGGCUUUCCCUUGGCAGAGAUGGACUUGAGUGGUAAGGGUUAGAACAACUUGACUGGAGUUGGUGGAGUUUGUGUGAAGAUUGCAGCUGAAGUUUGGAAUGGGAGUGCAAGCUUUCAUGGAAGGAUCUGUAAGGAAAUUCUCUUUGAAAGAGCUAUCAUGGUCUCUCUAAAGAUAAGUGCAUUCUCCAUCCUGGUGAUAUUCUAGCCCUGAAUGAGAUUUGUGGGAGUUUCCUAGAGGACUCUUUUGGGGCCACUAUGUCACCCAACAGAGCCAGACUUUUCAAGUGUCCUUGGAACCUGAUGUUUGGGUGUGCAUACACUACACAUGCUGCAAAUGCAAGUUCCUGACUUGCUGACCCUUCUGGCUCCCAGUGAGUCACAGUUGUAUCUCAAACCUUCACUACAGCACUUUUCUCAAGAGGAUUUUGCACUGCACUUACUGUGGUGACACCGAGUUGGAUGCUGAGCAUGUAGCAUGGUAGAUACCCCACAGAAAACACCCCAUACCAAUCCUGAUCUGGGAGAGGGAGCAGAAGAGCUGCAGGAAACUGUCCUGCACUGUCUUGCUCUGUAACUUUCAGGCUUUUUGAACAUCUCUUUGUUUUUUGAGCCAGGACUAUUACUAUGAGAGUAAAAUUUGCCAGCUCUUUCA